CCCUGCCCGCCCCUACUUAAGGCGGCGGCGGGCGUGGGGCGGCUCCGUGAGAUGGCGGCUCCGCGCCGGCCGAGCGGCGGGGGGCUGCGGCGGGCCCCGCAGGACGGGCGGCUGGAGGAGAUCAACAAGGAAUUUCUCUGUGACCCAAAGUUCAGUGAUGAAGAAGAUCUGGAGGAGAAGUUGGCAGUGUUCAAAGAGAAGUACAUGGAGUUUGACCUGAACAACCAAGGCGAGAUCGAUUUGAUGUCUGUCAAGAGGAUGAUGGAGAAGAUGGGGGCUCCGAAAACCCACCUAGAGUUGAAGAAGAUGAUCUCUGAGGUGACCGGAGGAGUUAGCGAGACCAUCUCGUACCAGGACUUUGUCAACGUGAUGCUUGGGAAACGCUCUGCUGUGCUUAAACUGGUCAUGAUGUUUGAAGGAAAAGCCAAUGAAAGCAACCCAAAACCUUCUGGUCCGCCUCCAGAGAGAGACAUAGCCAGCCUCCCUUGAAGAGGACAGGCUGAAAAAUUGGCACUGUUUGCUUUGCUGGUCUGUAACAGAGGUUACCUGUGCUUUGUUACUCUUUACUGUGGACAGUCCUAGUUUUCAACUAACCUGCCUUAGAGGAACAGCAAGGGAAGCUGGAGACUCCCAGCUCGUGUCUUUCUGCUGCAUCCCUUAGCCAACUUGAUUUGUUAGACAGAAGCUGUAGCACCAAUUGUAAUGUGAGACCAAAAAAAAAAAAAAUAUCCUGUGAUCUUACUCUUUCCUCUGCCCUUCCUGCUAUUCUCAGACAAGGAGCUACUUUCUUCCCAGUGUAUGGAUUCAGAGCUGUGCUUGUCACGACAGGUUCCUAAAGGGCCUUGCUGCCAGACAUCGACCAUUUCUCUGGCAAAGCCCCCGACAGCAGCUUCAUGGGUGCAAAGAAAUAAGUGCCUUCUCUGCUCCGUCCUAUGCUUCCUGACUUUGGACUAGUUCUUCCCCUCCUGACCUCACCAAAACACAAGUCAGGCUCCCACCUCUGUGGCCUAGUCGCAUGCUAGGUGAACGUGGGAAGGUGCAUGGACACCAGAGGUCUGCCUGCAGGGCCUUUAAGCUUGGAGGUGGGCAUGGCUGACUGCAGGGACAGCUUCUGUCCGCUCCGUGGGUUCAUCCUGCAGUCAGAUCUCAGUGGGUCCAACACCAGCCACUGCAAGUGAGGAUGAUUACAUCUACCUUAGGGGCCCCCUUCCUGAAAAAUCUCUACUUGGAUCUGAUCAGGAGCAUAACCUCUGAACGGGUGGUUGUCUGUCCUGUCCAUCGAGUGCAGAAACAAGCCUGCUGUUAUGCCUUUGCAGCCCUUCGGGAAGGCCUAGAGGAAAUUAAACCUUCAGGUGAAAGGAAGCUGGGUGACUAAACUGUGAGCCCUGCCAGACCAGUUGCAGAUGAAGAUCUGUCCUCAUGCAGCUGCUCUGUCCCUCUGAUUUUUGCAGACCUCCCUGUAUGUGUUUCAGCUUGGUUCCCUGGGGCUAUUGGGUACAUUUCCCUCAUGGAUAAGCCCUCAAAUCUGCAAAAUAAGAAUGGCUGUAAGUGUGGAGUAUGAGCUGGGAUCCAGAUGUAGCUGGGAUUGUGCUAUCCACACUGGUUACUGCGGCGAUUCUUGCUCCAUACACAUACACAAUUUCUGGAAUCCAGAUGUUUGCUCUUUGCCCUUUCCCUACUGUUUUCUUAAAUGUUCUUGGCAGCUUUUAACUUUUUUUUUUUUAAAUCGUGGUUUAAUAAAUAAGAUUUUUAAUGGAAAUAAGAUGAUUAACUCUACUAGGCUGAUUGUUCCUGCCAAAGGCUGCACUUUUAAAUAAAAAAAAAAUAUAAAAAAAAUUCUCACUACUGUUUGCAUGAAAACCAAAACUGUAAUGGAGAGAAUUAUGAGCAAAAGCAGCACCAGUCUAGUUUAAGGACUGAAAAUAAAUCUUCUGAAGCUA